AUGGCCCAUGAACAACAAAGUGACAACGACCAAGAAUUUAUACAAUUGAUCUGUGAGCAACGAAGUGACAACGAAUCCGAUUGUGGCAAUGAAAAUGAUGAGUAUAUAAUUCGAGUCGGUGCUACCUUUCCUAAAUGGGAAUCUCUAGAAAGUGCGUUGAAAAAAAUACGAGUUAGAAAUUGGAUCAAAGCUAUAAAAUUUCGAAUGGAGCGUGAAAAUAAUGGAGCUAUAAUUCACCGAUACUUUGUAAAAAUUCCAAAGAGCAUCAACCUAAAAAAAGAUCGUCAAUCAUUUCCUUGCAAAGAAAUUGCCACAAGUCUACGUUCACUUUCACAAGAAGUUCUCGAUGAUAUAAAAUUUUUAACUCAAGAAUGUAGUCUUGGAGCACAAGCUCAACGCCGAUAUCUUUCAAAAAAUUUUCCAAUCAACUUUUAUAUGAUCGUGAUUUAUAUAAUAUGUCAAUAUAAAAACCAAAUGGGCAGUCAACGAGAAAAUGAUGCGGCAGAUAUGGUGAAAUGGCUUAUGAAACAACAAGAACAAGAGCCGGGAUGA